AUGACUGAGAUAUUUGCGUCAAAAUUUAUUNAAACAUUUGAUUUUGGUUUUACACCAAAUAAUGCAACUGAAAAUGUAUUUAUGGCAACAACAAUCGAUUUACGUGAUGAUCGAGGAGGUGUUCAUCCUCGAACAAAACUUGAUGUUGGUUAUCGUCUUUCUCGGUCUGGUCUUGCUAUGGUUUAUAAACAAACAAAUGUCGCUUAUCAAGGACCAAUUCCAAAUGAAGUUGUACGAGAUAGUCUCGAUCGAAUGAAUGUUACAUAUUUAAGUACAUUUUCAUCAUCAAUUGAACUACGAAAUUCGAAGGGAUUUGAAAUAUGUUGUGAAGAUCAACAAAUAUGUAUGUUAAAUGAAACCAAUUGGUUAUCAGUAACACCUAUUUAUGAUCCAUUUUCGCCGAUUACUGUUAAACUUCUUAUACCAACAAUAUGUCAAUCGAAAUCAAUUCAUGUUGUUCGAUAUUUGUGGAGAGAAACGCCUUGUCUUUUUAAACAAGCAGCUGUUUAUAGUACAGCAGAUUCAAAUUUACAUGCUCCACCAUUUAUUCGAUUUUUAUAA